AUGGUCCAAGGGAGACUGCAAACAAGAGAAAGGCUAGAUAAGAUUGGGGUCUGUAACACUACUACAUGCUUGCUUUGUGAGGCAAAAGAUGAAACUCACCCACACCUUUUCUUUGACUGUGAAUACAGUAGAAGAUGUCUACAGGGGGUUGAGGAAUGGCUAGAUAUUCCUACUAGCAAAGUACAUUAUAUGGGCCUGCUGAGGUGGGUCAAAUGGAAGAGCCAGUGCAGCAAAUUUCAAAAGACAGCAAUACACACUGCUGUCAAUGCUACUGUGUAUAAUCUAUGGAGAGCAAGAAAUGAUACUCUCUGGAAUCAGAAGGUUCCUACCCCUUCAACUACUAUCAGAUGCAUUCAGAGGAGUGUGAUUGACAGAUUAGCUCAUAUAGGUGCUAAGCAAUCUAGCACAAAUGACCAGAUUUGGUGGAAGAGCAAAUGCACUAUUUAG